CUCCUGACCAAUCAGCGGGUGGUAAAUAAUUCCGUGGAGGUCUUCAAGUCGAAGUAGUAGAGUGUGUGGACUGUGGACGAUUUUACAACCUUAAUUUUAGGCUUAUUUAACUCCAGUAAUGCCGUAUGCUAACCAACCGACGGUGAAGAUCACUGAGCUGACAGACGAAAAUGUCAAAUUUGUCAUUGAAAACACUGAUUUGGCGGUUGCAAACUCUAUCCGCCGUGUCUUCAUGUCAGAGGUUGCCACUAUAGCGAUUGACUGGAUCCAGAUCGAUGCCAAUUCAUCAGUACUGCAUGAUGAGUUCGUUGCACACAGAGUUGGUCUCAUACCUCUCACAAGUGACGACAUCGUGGACAAAAUGCAGUAUUCUAGGGACUGCACCUGUGAUGAUUUUUGUCCAGAGUGUUCUGUUGAGUUGACGCUGGAUGUUCGAUGUACUGAGGACCAGACGCGUCAUGUCACCUCACGUGACCUUUUGUCCAACAACCCCAGAGUCAUCCCGGUGACGUCCAGGAGUCGAGACAAUGAUCCCAACGACUAUGUUGAACAGGAUGACAUUUUACUGGUGAAGCUUCGUAAAGGUCAGGAACUGCGGCUCAGGGCAUACGCCAAGAAAGGCUUUGGUAAGGAGCACGCCAAGUGGAACCCAACGGCGGGGGUUUCCUUUGAGUACGACCCAGACAACGCACUGAGGCACACAGUCUACCCGCGACCUGAGGAGUGGCCAAAGAGUGAAUACUCAGAGAUUGAGGAGGAUGAGGUUCAGGCUCCCUAUGACCCCAAUGGAAAGCCAGAAAGGUUCUUUUACAACGUGGAGUCAUGCGGCUCUCUGCGACCAGAGACUAUUGUCAUGUCAGCGCUGGCUGUCCUCAAGAAGAAGCUGAGUGACCUGCAGACUCAGCUGAGCCACGAGAUCCAGAGCGACGUGCUCACCAUCAACUGAGGGCCACGCCCUCGCAGAGCAGGACCAGCAUCUACACUCUGUCAUGACCAGAGUUCCGAUUUCGGAUCACUGUUCAUGGCACACGUUCAAAUAUUGUUUAUGGAAUUAGGUGUAUCCUCCCUCGAUACUGACCUUGGAUCUGUAUGUGUCUGUUAUCAAAGGCCAAUCAGUGAUUCUUGAGCUGUGGGCAGUUUGAAGCAAUAAGAGAACUCUUUUGGCCUGAGAGUUGUAAAAACUAUUAUUAGAAAUCAACGCUCAUUAUUAUGAGACCUCCAUGGUGAAAAUUAUAAAUGAUGUGAAAAUGAUUUUCAUUUAUCUGGACAUGUAUUCUUGAUCACCAGCAGUGAUUGUAAGCUGUGUGUGCUAAAGCAUCCAGUGCAGGGUCCGUGUCUGAGAGGGAGUUUGUUUCAGAAUGAUACAAAUUUUGUUUUGUUAAACUAUUACAUUAUUAUUUUGUUAAAUGUUACUUUUUAAAUAAAUCUGUUUUGAGGAA